AACGCCGCUAUGUCGUUUGAUUAAUGAGUCUGAUAUGGUGCUCGCACCGAUGUGUACAAAAAUUUAAAAUCCAAACGUGCCUCAACUUAGUGAUGAAAAAGUUGAGUGGACAUCAGGUGAAGGUGCCAAGUCCGAGGUAUCAGUGGGAAGAGGAUGCAGAAAGCGACCUACAUUAAUUGGAGCCCAGGUGACCUUCGACCCCUUUUUGCCUGCAGCGGAAACCUGUUGCAUUGUGUAUACUUGCUUGAGAGUUGACAGACGGAGAACCCGCGAGGAUGGAAGUUGUCAAGUGGAGCGAGCUCGACAAGAAGCCGAGCUGCCCGAACCACUAUGUGUUCCGAACAAGAUCGGUGUACGACGGUAGCAGCAGCUGCUGCUCCAAACCCUUGACCGUCAACUUCACCCACUGUGCCUUCGAUCCGCACGACGAGGCGCUCGUUGCCAUCGACAACAAUGGCAUGGCCUACUACAUUGACCUGACUGAUGCUCCUGCUUACAAGAAAUUGGGCUGUAUCGGCCUGUGCACGUUUUUGACCUUCAAUCCCUAUGACAGGGGUGAGCUCUUGAUUGGCUUGAGUUCCACAAACAUCAAGGUCAUGAGGAUCAAUUCCAUCAACGACUUCUGUUCCUUGUCUGGGCACACCGCACCACCCACCGAUAUAUCGUUUUACAAGGAGUACUGCCUGACUGUCUCCAACAAGGAAGUUAUCGUGUGGCACGUCAAGUCUUACUGCAGAGCUCACAUGCUACGUCUGAACGUCAAGAAUUUGGUCAUCAAGAAGGCCAAGUUUUCGAGUUUGGGCGUCGUUGCCGUUUUGUAUCAGAGUAACGUUAUACAGACUUGGAUGUUUCAGCAAUUUCAGCAGGAUAACAAAAUGGAUUUGGAAAAGUUGGGACUGAAGAAUGUCAAGGACUUUGACUUUACCAAGGAUGGCAGAGCCAUGAUUGUCUGUGGAUUGCAAAAUACCAUUUUAGUGUUUUUCACGUCAAAUUGGCAGUUGAUGAAAAGAAUGGACUUUCGGGAAAGUUUCAGCGGAAGCAGACAGCUCGUUGUGAUUCCAGUGCCUUUAGAUGGGGGAGCGAAUUCGAUUAUUGCAGUCAUCACUUCUGAUCGCAUGCUCAGGUUUAUAAACUUGGCAAUGGCUAGUGUCUUACAAAACUGUUGUGACUUGCAAAGUGGUUUCAAAAGGAUGGUUGUUUCACCCAGAGGGUAUUUCAUGGUGCAGAUAAGUAAACAUGGUUUUUUAGAAAUUUCCAUGUUAGAUAAGGUUUUAAAUAUAAAAAUUAGCUCUUGCUCGAGUAGCGACAAAAGCAAGGAACGAGCGCCAGUAAUAAAAAAGUCAGCAACCUCGUCUGUUUUUCAUAAAGCAGAGUACCAUUUAAAAUGCGUGAGAACUGCUUUGAAAGAAGAAUUGAAAUUACCUAGACUACUUCCUAUUUUGAAAGAAUUUGGAGAGUACCCUGGAAAGUACAGAAAGCUCAUUUGGAUGACAAUAAUGGAAUUACCUAGUAAUAAAAAAGCUUAUAUAGAUUUAUCUAACAAGACUCCGCAUGAAGCUAUGUUUCAGUUGCUAAAAAAUGAUCCCUUGUUAGAAAGAUGUAAGAGUUCUCUUUUAGGGACAACAGUGAGUUGUUUACUCCACUGGUGCCCAGUACUCAAAGAGUGUAUCUACAUUCCAAAACUUGUAGUGCCUUUUUUAAAUGUUUUUCAGAAAAAUCCUGUUAUGGGAUUUGAAGCGAUACUUUAUAUAUUGUUAAAUUACUGUCAAAGAUGGUUCGAGUACCAUCCCCUGCCACCACUAAAUAUUUUAGGUAUAGUGGAGAAUAUUUUACUAGAAGCAGAUCCACAGCUCUUCGAUUAUUUUUGUGAAAAAAAUAUCUCUUCAACCGACUACGCUUGGCCUAUGAUGCAAACUUUGAUGACUGAAGUGCUGUCUACAAAUGAUUGGUUAAUUAUGUGGGAUCACAUUCUUUCGAUUCAAAAACCUUGGUUCUUUUUAAUGUGCAUAAUAGCCUACAGUAUAUUGCACAGAAUAAUCAUUAUGACAAAGCUUCAAAAAGCGAAUGACAUUAGGCAAUUUUAUAAGACUGAGGGACACGUCUCUAUGAAAACUUUGUUAAAAUUGGCUUACAAAUUUGACUGUGGAACGCCUCCUCGAAUUCAUCCGCGGCGAUAUCUCAGAUAUGAAAUCAUGACCGUGCCGAAAGAUGGGCCAUAUUUACCAUUUUUGCAAGAUGAAUUCCCGAGUUACUUGACAGAUGAGUUACGCGGAUUAAAUUUAAAAAAUCUCAAAGACAAAGAGCGUCGUUUAAAAGGAUUUUAUUUACACGCUAUGGAACUUUUAGAGGAAAAAAGACUGUGCGAAGAAAGCGAACUUUUUAUGAGACAUGUACAUAAGAUGCGAUUAAAAGAACUUCGCAAGUGCUACGAAAAUCGAGUGCACGACGACGAAAGGCUACUAGAGUACGUGAGACACAAAACAGAUGCUGUGAGUCCCGCCGGUUAUUUACGUGAAGACAUGCAUAACAGCGUAAUGAGUUUAAACGGGCGAAAAUCUGGUUGUACAGCGGAUUAUAAAAAAAAGAAAAGAAGAAAAAGCAAAUCGGAAAGUUGUAAGCAGUUGCAGGAACAAGUUGAAAGACUCGAAUAUGAAGUACAGAGAUUGCUCACAAAGCUACAAAGUUCAUCAAGGUCCCGAUAUAUAUAGGGUGUGAUGAUUGUAUUAUUUAUG